ACAUAGAGAGAGUCGCAUGUCUCACAAACAAAAAUAAGACCGUUAAAUAUUCAUUUUCAGUUCAUAACCGGUUAGUAUAGGGACUUCCUAACUCCAACGGAAAUGUCAACGAGAAAAUUACCCCAGCUUCAUGCAAUAUAAGUUCCAAAAACAAGUCCUUGCCAACUAUUUUAACCAAGCCAAGCCAAGAUAAGCCAAGCCAUUCGUUUCCCUGUUUCCAAGGAGACCCUCUCUCUGCUCCGCAUUAAAGAUCGAACACAACUGAAACCAGCUCCCGACAGCUCUCUCUAGUAAAUUUCUCCCACUUUCCCUACUCUCUCUAUAUAUAAAUACUUUAGGAAGAAAGAGCCAGGAGAUUUAGAAGAGUGGAAGAGAGAGGGAGAGAGGAGAGAAUGGCCACUGGAGCAGCGGUUGAGAUGAUGCUCCGGUGUGUGCUUGAAGGAAGCCUGGUGAUGCAAGAUAUUGAGAUCGAGCGAAGACCAUAUCAUCGCAACUGUAGCUGUGCCCUGCACAACUUAAAGGGUGUCUGCUCUUCCGCUUGUACUCGUACAAGGAGUAUAUCGUUUUCCAAGAAAAAGACCUGGAGUGAUUGUACCUUGUCCAUGGCAACUUCCCAUUUCUCCUCCCAAUCUUCUCUUCCUGGUGGCUCUUCCGUUAGAAGCAUGGAAUCAAAGACAUCAAGGGGGGGUUUUUGCUGCACAAAUGGUGAAAAUAUGUCAGAGGUUUGAUACAGAUAGCAGGUUAGGAGAUUGAUAAUUUUUUUCCCCAUAUUUUAGACCAAGAUUCUUUCAGUUGCAUCCCUGUAAAUCCUAUUGAAUUCAUUGUAGACAAACCGUAGCCAAACCUCUAUGGUUCUGAACAAAAUUAUUGUUGUUCAAAAAACUUGUACCACCAUCUUUUUA